GGGGAGGGAUCUGGAGGGGAAGAGAUGGUGGUUGUGAAAGAAAAUAGGCAUGUGAGCACACUGCCCAGUGGGUUUUGUUUAGGGAGUGCCAAUUUUGAAUGGGGAGGGAAGGGAAGAGAUAGACAGGGACAGUCAAAGCAUUGGGAGUUGGGAAUACCAAACUCCUAUACCCUCUCAGUACCCUGUGAAAUACAAGGUAAGAUGACAGAGGCACUUUUGUUGAAGGAAAUGGCAUGGGAGUUAGUGGCUGUGGGGUAUAACCCUCCUUUUGUGUGUCAGAAAAUUUAUAAGGCACCCACCACACUCCACACAUAA